AUGCUAUCAAGAUCCAAUUCACCACGACCUAACCAAGAAGAUACUCUCGCGAGAGAAUCCGAUGUUACAGUCUCCACUAACGUAACUCAAAAUGCUGAAUAUAAAGGAUUUGCAGUUUAUGUGAUAGCUACCAUAAGUUUACUCGUAUGGAUAAGUUGGACACUCCUUCCUGAGCUGACACUUCAUAAGCUUUCAAUAUAUUAUUAUCCCGAUAGAUAUUGGGCUUUAGCAAUACCAUCGUAUUCCCUCGUGCUUAUGGCAUUCAUAUAUUGGGUGUUGGCAUUGUAUAACACUGAAGUAUUAACAAUACCGUUGAAUGAUAUAAGAACGAUUGUUGAUGAACAUUCUCAUUUCCCAGGACAAUCAGAUGAGAAAUUGACAAGGAAACAAUUGAUGGACUUGGCGUGUGAUUACGUGCAUGACGCCCCAAGUGGUGUUUGGGAUUUACCAAUAACUCUUGUCAAUGAAGUGCUUUACAAUAAUGACGAUGAUAGAGAAAUAUGA